AUGUUCAACGCCCAGAGAUUCCAACCAUUCAAUGGAAACACAUAUCACAAAUUAUUUCAGUCAUCAUCAUCAUCAUCAUCAUCAUCAUCAUCAUCAUCAUCAUCAUCAUCAUCAUCAUCAUCAUCAUCAUCAUCAUCAUCAUCAUCAUCAUCAUCAUCAUCAUCAUCAUCAUCAUCAUCAUCAUCAUCAUCAUCAUCAUCAUCAUCAUCAUCAUCAUCAUCAUCAUCAUCAUCAUCAUCAUCAUCAUCAUCAUCAUCAUCAUCAUCAUCAUCAUCAUCAUCAUCAUCAUCAUCAUCAUCAUCAUCAUCAUCAUCAUCAUCAUCAUCAUCAUCAUCAUCAUCAUCAUCAUCAUCAUCAUCAUCAUCAUCAUCAUCAUCAUCAUCAUCAUCAUCAUCAUCAUCAUCAUCAUCAUCAUCAUCAUCAUCAUCAUCAUCAUCAUCAUCAUCAUCAUCAUCAUCAUCAUCAUCAUCAUCAUCAUCAUCAUCAUCAUCAUCAUCAUCAUCAUCAUCAUCAUCAUCAUCAUCAUCAUCAUCAUCAUCAUCAUCAUCAUCAUCAUCAUCAUCAUCAUCAUCAUCAUCAUCAUCAUCAUCAUCAUCAUCAUCAUCAUCAUCAUCAUCAUCAUCAUCAUCAUCAUCAUCAUCAUCAUCAUCAUCAUCAUCAUCAUCAUCAUCAUCAUCAUCAUCAUCAUCAUCAUCAUCAUCAUCAUCAUCAUCAUCAUCAUCAUCAUCAUCAUCAUCAUCAUCAUCAUCAUCAUCAUCAUCAUCAUCAUCAUCAUCAUCAUCAUCAUCAUCAUCAUCAUCAUCAUCAUCAUCAUCAUCAUCAUCAUCAUCAUCAUCAUCAUCAUCAUCAUCAUCAUCAUCAUCAUCAUCAUCAUCAUCAUCAUCAUCAUCAUCAUCAUCAUCAUCAUCAUCAUCAUCAUCAUCAUCAUCAUCAUCAUCAUCAUCAUCAUCAUCAUCAUCAUCAUCAUCAUCAUCAUCAUCAUCAUCAUCAUCAUCAUCAUCAUCAUCAUCAUCAUCAUCAUCAUCAUCAUCAUCAUCAUCAUCAUCAUCAUCAUCAUCAUCAUCAUCAUCAUCAUCAUCAUCAUCAUCAUCAUCAUCAUCAUCAUCAUCAUCAUCAUCAUCAUCAUCAUCAUCAUCAUCAUCAUCAUCAUCAUCAUCAUCAUCAUCAUCAUCAUCAUCAUCAUCAUCAUCAUCAUCAUCAUCAUCAUCAUCAUCAUCAUCAUCAUCAUCAUCAUCAUCAUCAUCAUCAUCAUCAUCAUCAUCAUCAUCAUCAUCAUCAUCAUCAUCAUCAUCAUCAUCAUCAUCAUCAUCAUCAUCAUCAUCAUCAUCAUCAUCAUCAUCAUCAUCAUCAUCAUCAUCAUCAUCAUCAUCAUCAUCAUCAUCAUCAUCAUCAUCAUCAUCAUCAUCAUCAUCAUCAUCAUCAUCAUCAUCAUCAUCAUCAUCAUCAUCAUCAUCAUCAUCAUCAUCAUCAUCAUCAUCAUCAUCAUCAUCAUCAUCAUCAUCAUCAUCAUCAUCAUCAUCAUCAUCAUCAUCAUCAUCAUCAUCAUCAUCAUCAUCAUCAUCAUCAUCAUCAUCAUCAUCAUCAUCAUCAUCAUCAUCAUCAUCAUCAUCAUCAUCAUCAUCAUCAUCAUCAUCAUCAUCAUCAUCAUCAUCAUCAUCAUCAUCAUCAUCAUCAUCAUCAUCAUCAUCAUCAUCAUCAUCAUCAUCAUCAUCAUCAUCAUCAUCAUCAUCAUCAUCAUCAUCAUCAUCAUCAUCAUCAUCAUCAUCAUCAUCAUCAUCAUCAUCAUCAUCAUCAUCAUCAUCAUCAUCAUCAUCAUCAUCAUCAUCAUCAUCAUCAUCAUCAUCAUCAUCAUCAUCAUCAUCAUCAUCAUCAUCAUCAUCAUCAUCAUCAUCAUCAUCAUCAUCAUCAUCAUCAUCAUCAUCAUCAUCAUCAUCAUCAUCAUCAUCAUCAUCAUCAUCAUCAUCAUCAUCAUCAUCAUCAUCAUCAUCAUCAUCAUCAUCAUCAUCAUCAUCAUCAUCAUCAUCAUCAUCAUCAUCAUCAUCAUCAUCAUCAUCAUCAUCAUCAUCAUCAUCAUCAUCAUCAUCAUCAUCAUCAUCAUCAUCAUCAUCAUCAUCAUCAUCAUCAUCAUCAUCAUCAUCAUCAUCAUCAUCAUCAUCAUCAUCAUCAUCAUCAUCAUCAUCAUCAUCAUCAUCAUCAUCAUCAUCAUCAUCAUCAUCAUCAUCAUCAUCAUCAUCAUCAUCAUCAUCAUCAUCAUCAUCAUCAUCAUCAUCAUCAUCAUCAUCAUCAUCAUCAUCAUCAUCAUCAUCAUCAUCAUCAUCAUCAUCAUCAUCAUCAUCAUCAUCAUCAUCAUCAUCAUCAUCAUCAUCAUCAUCAUCAUCAUCAUCAUCAUCAUCAUCAUCAUCAUCAUCAUCAUCAUCAUCAUCAUCAUCAUCAUCAUCAUCAUCAUCAUCAUCAUCAUCAUCAUCAUCAUCAUCAUCAUCAUCAUCAUCAUCAUCAUCAUCAUCAUCAUCAUCAUCAUCAUCAUCAUCAUCAUCAUCAUCAUCAUCAUCAUCAUCAUCAUCAUCAUCAUCAUCAUCAUCAUCAUCAUCAUCAUCAUCAUCAUCAUCAUCAUCAUCAUCAUCAUCAUCAUCAUCAUCAUCAUCAUCAUCAUCAUCAUCAUCAUCAUCAUCAUCAUCAUCAUCAUCAUCAUCAUCAUCAUCAUCAUCAUCAUCAUCAUCAUCAUCAUCAUCAUCAUCAUCAUCAUCAUCAUCAUCAUCAUCAUCAUCAUCAUCAUCAUCAUCAUCAUCAUCAUCAUCAUCAUCAUCAUCAUCAUCAUCAUCAUCAUCAUCAUCAUCAUCAUCAUCAUCAUCAUCAUCAUCAUCAUCAUCAUCAUCAUCAUCAUCAUCAUCAUCAUCAUCAUCAUCAUCAUCAUCAUCAUCAUCAUCAUCAUCAUCAUCAUCAUCAUCAUCAUCAUCAUCAUCAUCAUCAUCAUCAUCAUCAUCAUCAUCAUCAUCAUCAUCAUCAUCAUCAUCAUCAUCAUCAUCAUCAUCAUCAUCAUCAUCAUCAUCAUCAUCAUCAUCAUCAUCAUCAUCAUCAUCAUCAUCAUCAUCAUCAUCAUCAUCAUCAUCAUCAUCAUCAUCAUCAUCAUCAUCAUCAUCAUCAUCAUCAUCAUCAUCAUCAUCAUCAUCAUCAUCAUCAUCAUCAUCAUCAUCAUCAUCAUCAUCAUCAUCAUCAUCAUCAUCAUCAUCAUCAUCAUCAUCAUCAUCAUCAUCAUCAUCAUCAUCAUCAUCAUCAUCAUCAUCAUCAUCAUCAUCAUCAUCAUCAUCAUCAUCAUCAUCAUCAUCAUCAUCAUCAUCAUCAUCAUCAUCAUCAUCAUCAUCAUCAUCAUCAUCAUCAUCAUCAUCAUCAUCAUCAUCAUCAUCAUCAUCAUCAUCAUCAUCAUCAUCAUCAUCAUCAUCAUCAUCAUCAUCAUCAUCAUCAUCAUCAUCAUCAUCAUCAUCAUCAUCAUCAUCAUCAUCAUCAUCAUCAUCAUCAUCAUCAUCAUCAUCAUCAUCAUCAUCAUCAUCAUCAUCAUCAUCAUCAUCAUCAUCAUCAUCAUCAUCAUCAUCAUCAUCAUCAUCAUCAUCAUCAUCAUCAUCAUCAUCAUCAUCAUCAUCAUCAUCAUCAUCAUCAUCAUCAUCAUCAUCAUCAUCAUCAUCAUCAUCAUCAUCAUCAUCAUCAUCAUCAUCAUCAUCAUCAUCAUCAUCAUCAUCAUCAUCAUCAUCAUCAUCAUCAUCAUCAUCAUCAUCAUCAUCAUCAUCAUCAUCAUCAUCAUCAUCAUCAUCAUCAUCAUCAUCAUCAUCAUCAUCAUCAUCAUCAUCAUCAUCAUCAUCAUCAUCAUCAUCAUCAUCAUCAUCAUCAUCAUCAUCAUCAUCAUCAUCAUCAUCAUCAUCAUCAUCAUCAUCAUCAUCAUCAUCAUCAUCAUCAUCAUCAUCAUCAUCAUCAUCAUCAUCAUCAUCAUCAUCAUCAUCAUCAUCAUCAUCAUCAUCAUCAUCAUCAUCAUCAUCAUCAUCAUCAUCAUCAUCAUCAUCAUCAUCAUCAUCAUCAUCAUCAUCAUCAUCAUCAUCAUCAUCAUCAUCAUCAUCAUCAUCAUCAUCAUCAUCAUCAUCAUCAUCAUCAUCAUCAUCAUCAUCAUCAUCAUCAUCAUCAUCAUCAUCAUCAUCAUCAUCAUCAUCAUCAUCAUCAUCAUCAUCAUCAUCAUCAUCAUCAUCAUCAUCAUCAUCAUCAUCAUCAUCAUCAUCAUCAUCAUCAUCAUCAUCAUCAUCAUCAUCAUCAUCAUCAUCAUCAUCAUCAUCAUCAUCAUCAUCAUCAUCAUCAUCAUCAUCAUCAUCAUCAUCAUCAUCAUCAUCAUCAUCAUCAUCAUCAUCAUCAUCAUCAUCAUCAUCAUCAUCAUCAUCAUCAUCAUCAUCAUCAUCAUCAUCAUCAUCAUCAUCAUCAUCAUCAUCAUCAUCAUCAUCAUCAUCAUCAUCAUCAUCAUCAUCAUCAUCAUCAUCAUCAUCAUCAUCAUCAUCAUCAUCAUCAUCAUCAUCAUCAUCAUCAUCAUCAUCAUCAUCAUCAUCAUCAUCAUCAUCAUCAUCAUCAUCAUCAUCAUCAUCAUCAUCAUCAUCAUCAUCAUCAUCAUCAUCAUCAUCAUCAUCAUCAUCAUCAUCAUCAUCAUCAUCAUCAUCAUCAUCAUCAUCAUCAUCAUCAUCAUCAUCAUCAUCAUCAUCAUCAUCAUCAUCAUCAUCAUCAUCAUCAUCAUCAUCAUCAUCAUCAUCAUCAUCAUCAUCAUCAUCAUCAUCAUCAUCAUCAUCAUCAUCAUCAUCAUCAUCAUCAUCAUCAUCAUCAUCAUCAUCAUCAUCAUCAUCAUCAUCAUCAUCAUCAUCAUCAUCAUCAUCAUCAUCAUCAUCAUCAUCAUCAUCAUCAUCAUCAUCAUCAUCAUCAUCAUCAUCAUCAUCAUCAUCAUCAUCAUCAUCAUCAUCAUCAUCAUCAUCAUCAUCAUCAUCAUCAUCAUCAUCAUCAUCAUCAUCAUCAUCAUCAUCAUCAUCAUCAUCAUCAUCAUCAUCAUCAUCAUCAUCAUCAUCAUCAUCAUCAUCAUCAUCAUCAUCAUCAUCAUCAUCAUCAUCAUCAUCAUCAUCAUCAUCAUCAUCAUCAUCAUCAUCAUCAUCAUCAUCAUCAUCAUCAUCAUCAUCAUCAUCAUCAUCAUCAUCAUCAUCAUCAUCAUCAUCAUCAUCAUCAUCAUCAUCAUCAUCAUCAUCAUCAUCAUCAUCAUCAUCAUCAUCAUCAUCAUCAUCAUCAUCAUCAUCAUCAUCAUCAUCAUCAUCAUCAUCAUCAUCAUCAUCAUCAUCAUCAUCAUCAUCAUCAUCAUCAUCAUCAUCAUCAUCAUCAUCAUCAUCAUCAUCAUCAUCAUCAUCAUCAUCAUCAUCAUCAUCAUCAUCAUCAUCAUCAUCAUCAUCAUCAUCAUCAUCAUCAUCAUCAUCAUCAUCAUCAUCAUCAUCAUCAUCAUCAUCAUCAUCAUCAUCAUCAUCAUCAUCAUCAUCAUCAUCAUCAUCAUCAUCAUCAUCAUCAUCAUCAUCAUCAUCAUCAUCAUCAUCAUCAUCAUCAUCAUCAUCAUCAUCAUCAUCAUCAUCAUCAUCAUCAUCAUCAUCAUCAUCAUCAUCAUCAUCAUCAUCAUCAUCAUCAUCAUCAUCAUCAUCAUCAUCAUCAUCAUCAUCAUCAUCAUCAUCAUCAUCAUCAUCAUCAUCAUCAUCAUCAUCAUCAUCAUCAUCAUCAUCAUCAUCAUCAUCAUCAUCAUCAUCAUCAUCAUCAUCAUCAUCAUCAUCAUCAUCAUCAUCAUCAUCAUCAUCAUCAUCAUCAUCAUCAUCAUCAUCAUCAUCAUCAUCAUCAUCAUCAUCAUCAUCAUCAUCAUCAUCAUCAUCAUCAUCAUCAUCAUCAUCAUCAUCAUCAUCAUCAUCAUCAUCAUCAUCAUCAUCAUCAUCAUCAUCAUCAUCAUCAUCAUCAUCAUCAUCAUCAUCAUCAUCAUCAUCAUCAUCAUCAUCAUCAUCAUCAUCAUCAUCAUCAUCAUCAUCAUCAUCAUCAUCAUCAUCAUCAUCAUCAUCAUCAUCAUCAUCAUCAUCAUCAUCAUCAUCAUCAUCAUCAUCAUCAUCAUCAUCAUCAUCAUCAUCAUCAUCAUCAUCAUCAUCAUCAUCAUCAUCAUCAUCAUCAUCAUCAUCAUCAUCAUCAUCAUCAUCAUCAUCAUCAUCAUCAUCAUCAUCAUCAUCAUCAUCAUCAUCAUCAUCAUCAUCAUCAUCAUCAUCAUCAUCAUCAUCAUCAUCAUCAUCAUCAUCAUCAUCAUCAUCAUCAUCAUCAUCAUCAUCAUCAUCAUCAUCAUCAUCAUCAUCAUCAUCAUCAUCAUCAUCAUCAUCAUCAUCAUCAUCAUCAUCAUCAUCAUCAUCAUCAUCAUCAUCAUCAUCAUCAUCAUCAUCAUCAUCAUCAUCAUCAUCAUCAUCAUCAUCAUCAUCAUCAUCAUCAUCAUCAUCAUCAUCAUCAUCAUCAUCAUCAUCAUCAUCAUCAUCAUCAUCAUCAUCAUCAUCAUCAUCAUCAUCAUCAUCAUCAUCAUCAUCAUCAUCAUCAUCAUCAUCAUCAUCAUCAUCAUCAUCAUCAUCAUCAUCAUCAUCAUCAUCAUCAUCAUCAUCAUCAUCAUCAUCAUCAUCAUCAUCAUCAUCAUCAUCAUCAUCAUCAUCAUCAUCAUCAUCAUCAUCAUCAUCAUCAUCAUCAUCAUCAUCAUCAUCAUCAUCAUCAUCAUCAUCAUCAUCAUCAUCAUCAUCAUCAUCAUCAUCAUCAUCAUCAUCAUCAUCAUCAUCAUCAUCAUCAUCAUCAUCAUCAUCAUCAUCAUCAUCAUCAUCAUCAUCAUCAUCAUCAUCAUCAUCAUCAUCAUCAUCAUCAUCAUCAUCAUCAUCAUCAUCAUCAUCAUCAUCAUCAUCAUCAUCAUCAUCAUCAUCAUCAUCAUCAUCAUCAUCAUCAUCAUCAUCAUCAUCAUCAUCAUCAUCAUCAUCAUCAUCAUCAUCAUCAUCAUCAUCAUCAUCAUCAUCAUCAUCAUCAUCAUCAUCAUCAUCAUCAUCAUCAUCAUCAUCAUCAUCAUCAUCAUCAUCAUCAUCAUCAUCAUCAUCAUCAUCAUCAUCAUCAUCAUCAUCAUCAUCAUCAUCAUCAUCAUCAUCAUCAUCAUCAUCAUCAUCAUCAUCAUCAUCAUCAUCAUCAUCAUCAUCAUCAUCAUCAUCAUCAUCAUCAUCAUCAUCAUCAUCAUCAUCAUCAUCAUCAUCAUCAUCAUCAUCAUCAUCAUCAUCAUCAUCAUCAUCAUCAUCAUCAUCAUCAUCAUCAUCAUCAUCAUCAUCAUCAUCAUCAUCAUCAUCAUCAUCAUCAUCAUCAUCAUCAUCAUCAUCAUCAUCAUCAUCAUCAUCAUCAUCAUCAUCAUCAUCAUCAUCGUCUUCGUAUGCCCACUGCUGA